AUGGAGGAAGAGGAGGAGGAGGAAGCUGAGGAGGAGGAGGAAGCUGAGGAGCAGGAAGAGGAGGUGGAGGAGAAGGAGGAGGUGGAUAAGGAGUUCCAUAUAGGAAGAAGAGCUAGUGAGGUAACUAAGGAGGGUUAUCCGAAGGGAGUUUCAGAGAAUCAGGAGGAGGAGGAUUGGGAGGGGGAGGAUCGACCACCGCCAAUGGACGGGGACGAAAUCAGGCAGUCAGUGCGCUAUCCAAUCAGCCCAACAGAGACGUAUAAGUUCAUAUCGAUUCUGACCUUACAAAUCACCCUCGAUCUGGAUGCUUUCCGCGUCAAGUCCCGCCACGCCGGUCAGCAGAGAAAAGGCGUCCUGACGGGUGUAACGUCAACUGUUUACAUCCAGGCGCAGCGCACGCUGCGAAACAUGACCUCAGCCGCGGGAUAUGCGUGUAAAGAUUUCAUGGGCGACCACAUGGGGCACCCCAUCCUCCCCCCCACCGACCCCUUCCACUCCUCCCCACCCCAGGUGUCCUUCGGAACAAUUCUGACGUCGCUUUUCCCCGCUGGGGAGGACAAGAGAGCGACUCUGAUUGCUUUAGAAAAUAAACGAAGUAUUUCAACGUUCCCUUCAGUGUGCUCGUUCCAUUGGAAAACUUUCCCCGGCUCCAACAAGAACAAACGGCACCGACAACAGCACCAGGAGAAGCAGCAGCUACAACAACAGCAGCAGGAACAGCAACAGCAACAGCGACAGCAGCCACAACAACAGCCCUGA